GUAACAGGGUAAAGGUAACAGCUACACAACCUUGGUUUAUGUACAAUGAUAAAAAUAUUAUAUAUACAGGUACAGUAAUUAACCCACUUCAUCUAAUAAAAGCUGUAAGAAAUAAUCUUGUUAAUUAUGACUUUUACUUUGGAAGUAAAGUUGCACAAUGGGACAAUGUGCUCUCAAUGCAUGGAAAGGACAAAGCAUUACUGUACCAAUUCGUUGCUGCCCAACACUAUCAGACCAACAUAUUUACCUGAAUGGAUUUACAAAAAUGAAAGUCAAAUAUGCAACUCAGGUACUAAGUCACUCUGUGCCACUUUACCACCAACAGCUGCUGGAACUGCCGAAUUAAUUUCAAAUUUCACAGACAAGCAAUUUCAGACAAUCCAACUUCAAUUCACAAGGGCAUCCAGAAAACGUUUCUAUGAGAACUAUACCUUCUUACACCAGGAAUCUGCAUACAGACGAUUUUGAUUGGAGUUUCGUUGGAUCACCAAAUUAUAAAGCCUUACCGACUUCAUCAGGUAGAACAGAGGAAAGACAGCCACAACCAUUCGUAAUUGACGAUGCUGAUUAAAAAACAUGCCUUGGGAAUAACGUAGCGGGAGCGAUAACUUAUGUGGCUGGCUAUUUAUUAAACAGUGUCUGACAAAGCAUCCCUGCCAAUUCUGUACCAAAGAACUCUUCAGUGACAAUCUAAAUAGCAGCACCCAAUUACUUCGUUUUUUGAAAGGAUAUGAGGAAUGGAAAGAUAAACUUUUUGGGUGGUUAUAGUCAUUCCUACAGAUACAUUUCUGGACUGUACCGAAUUUGUCAAGUGAAAUUAUUAUAUACAUGCAUGCAUGUAAAAUCUUGUACCUAAUUUGAUAAAGAGUGACGUAAUUAGCCACAUGAAUGUCACCUGAUUUUUCAGGUAAGAUAAUCCGGCUUCUUUCGUGUUUUUUAAUCUUUAAUCGCCAGCUAAAACAUGAAACGGACUCCAUGUAUGCGGUAUAUGGCUAACUCGAAGCGAUCGAUUAUAAAAGUUCAACAAAAAAUAAAAGUCUUCCUAAAUCUCAUGCAAAUGUACUUCUUAAAUAAGUUAAAUUGAUCACUUACCGUUAUUCUCAAAACCUUUAUUCAGAAAAAUUAUACCAAUAAAUAAAUUAUAUAGUCAAUAAAGACAAAUUUGAUGCUCAUACUGAGCCAAUCUUUAAUGAAUUAAAGAUUUUGACAGUGGAGAAAAUUUACAAAUAUCACCUUGGUAAAUUCAUGUAGCCUACUUGUAUCAAAAUAAUUUACUUCCAAACAUUUUUGACGGUUUCUUUACUCUGUUCGGUCAAGUUCAUAAUUAUCAUACACGUAAUGCUAGCUUGUACCUCCUUCCCUUCUGUAGGACUAAUAUUAGAAAAUUAUAUAUAUAUACACUAUAUUAUUAUGAACUAUAUUAUUACGAACAGUAUUAUUUAUAUUAUAUUAUUUGUAACCCAAUUUUCGUAUAUUAUUUGUAACCCAAUUUUGUUAUAUAUUUAUUACCGUGACACUGCCUCCUUGUCUAUCAGAUAUUUAAGAAAGGAGUCCAAAUCUUAAAAGCCUUUUGGUUUCUUUUUGGGCUACCUUGCUACUUAUUAUUAUUCCUAAUUUUGAAAUACUUGUAUAUGUGUGUAAUGUAGUGAAUAAAUUGAUUUGAUGAUUUGAUUUGAUACCAUCUCUGUCUCAAGUUCUUUAAAAAAAGCAAUUUUUACUUUUCGAAAAGCCUUUUCCCAAUAUUUUCUCAAAAAUCUGCAAUCAUACUUGCCAGCACUUGCCAGAAACUCUAUACAUAGCAAUGACACGAGCAUUACGAAUCUCGUGUGACCGAAAAAUUGAUAGGAGUUUCACAUCUGUAAAUAUUUAAACCAGUCAAACCGUUUAUUUUAGCCUACUAUUUGGAUAAUUUUUUGUGUGAUUGUUUUUUAGUGCAGAGUUUCUUUGAAACUGUGCACUAUUGUGAUGAGUGGCGAAAAUUCACAUCUGUCAUACAUCAGAUAUCAUAGAGUAAACUUUCCGGGGGGUGUAUACGAUUUAUCGUCGUGGUAAUUUAUUCUACUUAGUCAGUGCUUUGAAGGUUAUUUAGGCAAUUUCAGUUGUCUUAUUUAAAUACUUAUUUUGUCCUUUUGCCAAGUUCACAAAAAUUUCCAGGAAUUGUUGUUAUUGCAAAUUUUUGUCAAUUUUAUAACAUUUGCUUCUUCGUGUUGUGUGAAAGAUCUUUCCCCCGGAACACCCAUUUUUUCUUUAGCAGCGCAAAUGCGCAUGUGCUAUCAAGCUGUAGAUCACGAUGGCGUGACGAAUGACGAUGCUAGGAAGGAGCGACACUGCCGAACAGUGUUGUUUUCAAAUUAUAAACAUUUUUAUAGACGUGAAUAUCGAGUAAAUCUUUGAGAAUCUACGCAAUAUAUAAAUUGAUGUUAUGACUUAUGCAUUAUGGGCAUUCAAUUAAGUACCGAUAUUAUUUUGACGGUAUAUUCAAUUUCAAUAUACAAAGCUAGGAAGCAGCGAGACAGUGUUGUUUUGUCUUUUGAAAUGUAUGAACAUUUCAGGCAUGAAUAUUGAGAAAAUCUUUGAGAUUCUACGCAAUAUAUAAAUUGAUGUUUUGCAUUACGGGCAUUCAAUUAAGUGCCGACGGUAUAUUCAUUAUACAAAGCUAGGAAGCAGCGAGACCGUGUUUUCAAAUGUAUAAACAUUUCAGACAUAAAUAUUGAGAAAAUCUUUGUUUACGUGUAUAGCACAACGGUGCAAACUCGUGUUCAGUGCAACGAAAACUCUACCAGAUCUUACGAGAAUCUAUCUGUAUCAAAGCUUGUCAAAACUGCUAUAUAAACACUGCAAUAACUGUGAAACUAUUGAAAUCUAAAGUUACAUUAUUGAAUACAUGCGAAAAGCUGAAAAUGACUCAUGAAACAACAACGUGACCUUCGAAAUAUAUCAAAGGUCAAUGAGACUUGUUAUUGUGAAAACACGUCAUAAUUAGAUUAAAAUGCGGAAAGCGGAUGCGGAUUCACGGAACGGAUAUGGGGAUAAAAUGCGGAUGAAAUGCGUCAUUUUAAUGAGUUUUCGCCUCUUAUUUACGUUUCUGUGUUUUAGAUUUGUGUUCCUUUUUUGUAAUGGAAUACAACGUCGUAGUGCUUAUUAUUCAUAACAUAUCUUAUACAGCUAUUUUCUCAAGUUGUCACUGAGACGAUAGCCAAAUGGGCGCUAAAAGGAUGGUGGGAAUAAUCACAGAUUUAAAAAGUCACCUAGGUUGCCGGCGACCCUAUAUAGUGUCGUUUUCAAUUGGAAACUUUACAACAUUAUAACAGAAAUUAUGCCUUGUGACUAAUAUUAUAUGAGGAAAUAAAUAAUAUUACAUAACUCUCGUCAUUCUUUAAUCUUAAAGUAUUAGAUUUAAACCAUAUCGACAUGUGAUUAAAGCUAUAAACCACGCUUGAAAAAACUAUUCAAUUAAUAAGUAUGUCAAUAUAGCGUUCGUCUUUGAAACUCUGCACUAUCCUUGGAUCCCUAGUUAUGGUUUCUCGUUAGUCGUAAAAUAUUUUCUGAAACAAAUUGUAAAAAUGCCAUAUCUGUGCAGCGUAUGUUGUUGGUAACACAUACAACUGUGGAUAAAUGUGUUGCUUUUUGUGCUCAAAUAGCCGAAAUAGCCCUAGCCUGCGAACAAGCUCUCAAGCUGAAUUGAGAGCUUGCAUCGAUGACUAAUGAAUUUGAAUAUCUGCCCCGUAACGUUCAUUUUUCCAAAUAUGGAAUGUCUAUCCUUAUAUUGUGUUGUUUACAACUUUCGUGCAAACUAAAUUUAGACCUUGCAAACUAAAUUUAGACCGUAUAGUUUGUACUGUUUUUCGAAAUAUAAGAUAUUCAAGCAAAAGUUCAAAUGUUUUAAAUACUGUUUUCUCAAAACAGAACAUUUCGUGCUUUGAGAUAGGACGGCCAAGACCAAUUUGAUCAGUUAAUGUGUUUUGUAUGCAUAGUGCUUCAGCAGUUGACAUAUAUAAAGCUCAGCGGAAACAUAUAAAUUAUAGCAUCUGACCAAUGAGAAUGUCGCGUCACGAUUUGAGACGCAGAUACUCAAAUUCAUUAGUCAUCGAUGCAGGCUCUCAAUUCAGCUUGAGAGCCUGUUCGCAGGCUAAAAUAGCCCAGUUUAUUUUGUCAUUGAUUGCGAAGUCAGUUUUAAUUUCAGACUCAUAAUUAUGAGAAAGAGCUGAGAGCCUUUUUUUCACGUUUCCCCCCUGAUGUUUUAUUGCGGCUGAUUCUUUCAUUUCAUUUAGGUCUACUAUUGUUGUGUUUUUGAAAUUCCAUUUUUGGAUUUAAAACAUGCAAGUCAGAUACAUUGAAAAAUCAGAACAGUCCAUUAUUGCGUCAUAAUGCACGCUUCUUAGGACAGUGUGUUGUACCUCUUUAUUUAAUGAUAACAAUCAGUCUAUAAUAACAUCAAUCUAAUUUUGGCUGUCGCGAUAGAGUUCAUUUGAUUUAGUAGCUUUCUAGCUUCGCAUUACAAUAUUUACAUAAUAGGGAAAAAAGGAAAAUAGUGGUCAAAUUGCUAACAUUAAUCAAAAUAAUAGUGGUCAAAAUCAUAAUAAUAAUAAUAAUAGUGGUCAAAAUAUUGCAUAUGACUACUACAAUCAGUUUCAAAUGUCUUAGGACAGAUGCCACAAAAUCCUUGAAUUUCAACAAACAUCAUACAAUCUCCCCCGCCCCCUUUUCAAUGUUGUGUGCCAUUUCUCGUCAGAUUUGAUGUGUUCUGGUUUAAGCAACAUUGAUUGGAGAGGGGAGCAGUAUUAUGUGUAACAAAUUGCAAUGAUCCACUUAUACAAUCUAAAACUAUAUGUGUCCCAACAACUUUUGAAAGAGAAUGUAGUUAGCUACUGUAGCUAAACGUACAGCCGAAGUACGGUUGUGAACUGACACCUCACCGAAUUCUUUCAUGUUCCCUUGUGGUCCUGGAUUAUAAAAUACUUUCAACCCCUGUUGCUACAUGUAUAUAAUACGGACAGUCGUAGUGAUGGAAGAAGUUCCAAUUUCAAUACUCUUGAAGAAAAUCACGUGAAUUUAUUAACAUUACAAGUCGGCUCACUUUAAACAGUAACCUUGAUAUUACCUAAUUAAAUUUACAUUAUCCAUCUUUAUGAUCGCCCUUUUUUAUCCACAGUCACAUCCUUAGGGCAGGUCAGAGUUAUUAUAUUUUCAAGCUUUUCAACUAUUUAGAAAAGAACGAGCCAUGUUGGUCAUUUAAAUCUUUUUCUUCCACUGAGUCGCGAUGCGAGGCAGCGUAACGUAGAAUACUGCACGCAAUGGGUUGCCACAUUUGAAACAUUUUUUCAUUCAGUUGUGGAAGAUGAUCCAGAUACUGGUAAAUGUGUAGUUGGACGUGGAGGAUUUCCAAACGAAAAGGGGAUUUUGGAAUGUGAUGCAGCCAUAAUGGAUGGUAAUGGGUGUAGAUUUGGAGCUGUGGCUGCUGUUCAAGGGUACAUUAAUGUGCUGAAUAUCGAAUUUCAGUUUUGAAAAUAUAUGAUUUCUUGGAAACUAUAAAUCGGAUCCAAUUUCAAAUCGGAUCCAAUUUCGCAAAUCGGAUCCAAUUUCAGGACGCAAAAAACUGUAUACAUGUAUAUGGAUUUUAUUCGAAAAUCUACACUGUGAUUUUCAAGGAGUUGAAUCAACUCCAAAAGUGUUAUUCUGCAUGUCACCGUUAUUCUGCAUGUCACCACUUUAAUCAUAUUAUAUCGUAACGUACUGUAGGUAUGUUUUGUAACCACUAGAUUGGAAUAUAUGUCUUUGACACAAAGGUCUGUGAUACUUUACCAUACGGUGCCGUUGUGUGUUGAGUUAUGCACACUGAUGACGUCAUAAGACAUAACGUAGCAAGAUUGCCGUAAGAACAACAAAGAGGCUCACAAAGCGGAUGGGCUACUGCAUGUAUACCAUAUUUUGGCUGUAUACUUAUCUGUUUUUGCCGAAUUUCGGUAUAUUUGACCACUUACAAUGUUUCAGAACACUUGACCCAUGUAUGCUGUAUUUCGGUUUACUUGACCCAUCUAUACCGUAUUUCGGUUUGCUUCACGCAUGAUACCAUAUUAUGGUUCGAUGUAUCUGAUCAUGACCCAUGCACUUUAUUGAAAUGUUGCACUCACCCAGUAUUGUUUAUAUAUUUCAGAGUUGCGACACCCUUUUCAGUUGCAAGGUUGGUAAUGGAAAGAUCUAAACAUAGUAUUUUGGUUAGUGAAGGAGCCCAACAGUUUGCAAAGGAACAUGGCAUUUCUGUACUUAAUAACGAGUUGUUACAAACUGAGAGCAGUACGAAAGCGUACAAGGUAUUUGCCAUAAUAACAGCGCUAUAUAUAGUUAGUCACUCGCCUUUUCCCCAUAUCAUGAACUACCACCAACGUUUAUUUUAACAAAUCUGUUGUACACAUUGUUCUCCAGUUGUCGGCCAGCAUAAAGUGUUUUUGCACUGUAUUAGGCGAUUUAAGAUUUUUGGAAGGUUCGAAUUAUGCAGAUGACUACCACUUCCCAUUAAUACUGUACAUUACUUUACAAGAUAGACCGCUAAAGUAAUCGUGGAAUGAAAUUAUGAAAAUUGACUGAUAAAAAUGCCAAAGUGAACCAAAUGCCUAUGAAGUGCAUGCCAGUGUGAUUUGCAUAAACCUAACACUUUAGAUGGAGAUGUCAUAUCUUGUGAAUUACUAGCAUUUUUUUCAUUUUGAAUAAGAUGUAAUGUUUGUCCCUACAGGAGUUUUUGAAAACUAAGGAGAAGAGCUGUGUUCAUACAACGUGUGGUCAUGACACGAUUGGUAAGAUCCUAUACCCCAUAACAAAUAUACCGUUAGACGUGCCUAAAUCUACCUCAACGUUUGGAAGUAACAGACAUUAAUUCAGCAGGGCUAGACUUAUAAUGCGAAUUAAGGAAGAAUAAAAGCAUCCUGCCUGCAUGCAUCAAUGGUUCUAACGAAUCCUCAUAGUACAAGAAAAUUAAUAACUUCAGGUCAUGUGCCUGACGUGAAUAUACCUAGGCUAUAGAGCGUCUAGUACUGGCAUGUCUAGAACAAUAAAUUAUAGAGUAAUGAAACAUUUUUAUCUUUUGUAAGUGCAUGUUAUUUUUAGGAGUGCUUGUUAAAGAUUUCCAAGGCAAUAUUGCUGCAGGUAAUUUCAUUAACAAAGAUUAACAAUAUUAUAUGACAACAAAAUUUAAUUGAUCGAUGCAUGAAAUGUCAUAACUGUGGUGUUAAGUGAAACGUUUAAGUCUUGAUAUGAAAAGUACUUUUAAGUAUUUAAAAAUCAGGCCAUAUUUUCCCUUCGUUAAAUGUGGAUGGAUGCAAGGGAAUGGAGGGCCUGACACAAAUCCUGUCUGUCCGCUUUAAAGAAGCCAAUUACGGCACCUAACCUGAUUGGUCUAUCAGACAGAAAAAUGGUUAGUGCUAAUUGGAGGAUACUUCAUUAUGCACUUGACUUGACUUGACUCGUGUGAAAUUGACAUUUCUCCUGGGACAUUUUGAUUGCAUGGAUACUAAAUAGAAACUUUAUUUUGGUGGAGAGCGAUCGGUUAAGGUUUUUAACAGGCUCGAAUUAUAACAUAGGGGUAGUAUAUACAUAUUUCUAAAAAUUUCACAAUGUAGGGACGUCAACAAGUGGUAAGCCAUUUAAAUCGUCUGGUCGCGUUGGUGAUUCUCCACUUCCUGGAGCUGGGCUCUAUGCUGAUAAUGAGGUGCAUAAUAUCAGUGAUCUUUAA